AUCAAAUCGUUUACACUAACAACUCCCUCUGUCACAUCUGACUUCAAAUGGACGACGUAGUAGGUCUUGACUUCUUUCUCCUAUGGAAUUGGGGAAGGAUUUAUUGUAGACAGUGGAAAUUUGGUACAAUUACGACAAGAAGAACCACAAGAGAAACGAGAUAAAACAAAUUGAUUACUGAACUUCUUCCAAAAUCCAAAUAGUAUGAAUUUGCAGAGAAUCCAGUAUAUAUGAAGAAAUUUGAAGAUUCAGGUGUACUUCGAAUUCCUAUCAUUUUGAUCUUCAUCAACAAUUGAAUUCUAAUCAAAGGUUCUUCACAAAGUGAUUUGUGACCCUUUAGAAAUGAUUGUUUCUGCUCUUCUUAUGUCUGUUGGAAUAAACUCCAGCCUUUGUAUAUUAUUCUUCACAUUGUACUCUAUAAUAAGAAAACAGCCAGGGUAUUAUUAUGUAUAUGUACCUCGUUUAUUGACUGCAAAAGGGAUUAAAAGAAUUCGUGAUCGCAUGCGACGGUUGUUACCUUCCUCAGAUUGGGUAAAAGCAGCAUGGAAACUUAGUGAAGAGGAUUUACUGUCGACUUCAGGCUUGGAUGCUGUAGUUUUUAUAAGGAUUAUCAUCCUCAGUUUAAAAAUAUUUUCUUUUGCGGGGGUUAUUGGACUCUUUGUUCUUCUUCCAAUAAAUUGUGCAGGGACUCAGCUUGCAGCUUUUGAUAUUACUGUCAUCUCAAGUGAAACUCUGGAUUUAUUUACCAUUUCCAAUGUGAACAAUGGGUCUAAAUGGCUGUGGGUACACUGUUCUGCUGUCUAUUUGAUUACAUGUUUGGUUUGUUUUCUUCUGUAUCAUGAAUAUGAUUAUGUUUGUUCAAAGAGGAUUGCAUAUUUCUAUUCAGCAAAACCACAGCCACAGCAAUUUACAGUAUUAGUUCGUGGGAUCCCUGUACCUCCUGGUAGCAGUGUCAGUGAAAGUGUUGACAAUUUCUUUAAGGAGUGUUAUCCUUCAACUUAUUUGUCUCAUGUGGUGAUUCAUCGGACGAACAAACUCUACAAUCUCAUUAAUGAUGUAAAGAAAGUGUAUAGAAGACCGCUGCAUUUACAGUCAGAACCUGCCGAUGAAUAUUCUACAUGUGAUACUCCUUUCAGGAUUUCUUCACACAAAUCUGAUCAUGAUAAGAAGCCAGAACAUUUAGAAGAGAACCGGAUAACAGAGCAGUCAUAUUCUUCUUUUUCUGGCAAAGAGGUUCGCUCUGCUUUUGUCUUCUUCAAAUCUCGAUUUACUGCUGCUAUAGCUUCUCGCUUACAACAAUCUGAGAAACCCACACAAUGGGUUACUGAGCAAGCUCCUGAGCCAAAUGAUGUAUACUGGCCAGUUUUUCAUUCAACAUUUUUUCGUAGAUGGAUGUCUAGAGUGGUGAUAAUAGUUGUGAGCAUACUUCUGACAGUUUUAUUUCUUCUACCGGUUGUGAUUGUGCAAAGUCUUGCAAAUCUGUCUCAACUGGAGAUCUGGUUCCCUUUCCUGAAAAGUAUUUUGUCUGCAAAAAUAAUUAGUCAAAUAGUUACAGGCUAUCUUCCAAACCUUAUUCUUCAAUUAUCUGUGAAGUUGGUGCCUCCUGUCAUGGAGUUCCUUUCAUCUAUUCAAGGGCAUAUAUCUUAUAGUGAGAUACAAAGGAGUGCAUGUGACAAGUUUCUCUGGUUCAUUAUAUGGAACAUCUUUUUUGCUAAUGUGCUCUCUGGGUCAAUUUUUAACCAGUUGUCUGUUCUGCUUGAUCUCAGAAACAUUCCUUCACAUUUAGCAGUUUCCGUCCCAGCACAGGCAUCUUUCUUUAUUGCUUAUGUAGUCACUUCAGGAUGGACCAGCACUUCGUCAGAUUUGUUUCGUGUUUUUCAAUUCAUCCAAAGCUUAUUCCAAAGAUGCUGCUGUUGUAAAAGAACAGAUCUUGAUGAAUUUGAACUUCCAUACAUUUUGUACCAUAGGGAGAUACCCAAGGUUUUGUUUUUUGGACUCUUGGGUAUUACAUACUUUUUCUUGGCCCCACUCAUCUUGCCUUUCCUGUUGAUCUACUUCUUCCUUGCAUACAUAAUUUAUAAAAAUCAGUUUAUAAAUGUGUAUGCCCCAAAGUUUGAAAGUGCUGGAAAAUUUUGGCCAACUGUACAUAAUUGCAUGAUAUUUUCUCUGGUGCUAAUGCAUGCUAUUGCUUUGGGCAUCUUUACACUGAAGAAGGUUCGAUCUGCGUCGACGUUGAUUUUCCCUCUUCCUUUACUUACUCUUCUAUUUAACGAGUACUGUCGGAAACGCUUCCUACCGAACUUUGUUGCAUACUCUGCUGAGAGUCUGAUAAAGAAAGACAAAGAAGAUUGGAAUGAUCCAGAAAUGCCCCAGUUCUUUAGUGAGCUGGUGACUGCCUAUAUGGACCCUGCCUUAUCUCCUUCGCAGCUCUCAAACUCUAUUGGUCAUACAUCUUCAACUCGCUCUGAUAUCUCCGAUGAUAGUAUAACUCCGCUUCUCUCUCACUCUGUAUUCAAUGCAAGCCUGUGGGGCGGCGGCCAGGCUGUAUAGGCUGGUGCUCACUUCAAAUACUUCAUAUGUACAUAGUUGUAAAGCAUAGCACAAACUACAUACACUGAUUAUGGAGUAUGUUUUAAUACAAAGAGACCACUUUUAUUGGGUUUUUAAAGAUCACAUUUUUCAGAAGAGCCAUGUUAGACAGAUAAUACUUGCUCUUUGUCAUUUGAUAAUCUCGUUGCUGUAAAUUUAUGAAUGGCAGUAAAAUACAAAUCUUUUCGGAUUUAGUCUUUGUUAUUGUUGUGCGAGUAAAAAUGUAAAAUACGAUUGUUCAUCUAAAUUGUAUUCCAUCCAUUCGAUUGAAUUUCAUACUUGCUUGAACUCAAAUGAUAA